CUGGUUCUCGAAAUCGCUUAUAAUAAACGCAACGGAAAUGAGUAGCCAGUGAACUAUCAGAUGUUUCCAUUACAGUUGUGUUUCUUUCAGUUUUGUGUUUAAAGAAAUGUACAUUGAAAGAUAACUGUACUUCUGAUAUUUUCCAUAAUUGACUCUGUGACAUCUGUGAUUGGCCGACUUGUUUAAGCUGACAGUGUUGAGCAUGGAGGAAGCGGGCCCGUCUGGAAGUAGAUCAGCUGUGAAGGAAGCUGGUGGAGCAAAGCCGUUCUUGAAGAGAGAUGCCAUCAACUCACUGGUGGUUGACAGCGACUACUCUGAUGAUGAUGAUGACAUCAGCAUUCAUCUGAAGUCGGACAUCAUUAAGAGAUAUGAAGUCGGGAGGCUCCUCGAUCUGCCUGACAAGGAAGCGCCGGUUGAGCUAGACGAUGAUCUAGAGGACACCAAUCUCAAAGACUCUACAACAGCUGGUAUCCUGUCUGUGCCAAGCAAGUGUGCUGAGCAGGCGGAGGAGUUUGUGCGCAAGGUGUGGGAUGCGGGCUGGCAGGUGGUCAACCACCACUCCCUGCCCGUCUGGCUCCGGGACAACGACUUCCUCCUCAAGGGACACCGCCCCCCCACUGGAUCCUUCAUGGAGUGCUUCAAGUCCAUCUUCCAGAUACACACAGAGACAGGAAACAUAUGGACUCACCUUCUAGGCAUGAUAGCGUUUGUGGGGAUUGCGGUGUACUUCAUGUCGCGGCCGUCCGUCGAGAUCCAGUGGCAAGAGAAGGCUGUGUUCUCGGCGUUCUUCGCGGGCGCCAUUCUGUGCAUGGGCUUCUCCUGGGUCUUCCACACUGUGUACUGCCACUCGGAGAGAGUCGGGCGCUUCUUCAACAAGUUGGAUUACUGUGGAAUUGCACUGCUGACAAUGGGAUCAUUUGUGCCCUGGCUGUACUACAGUUUCUACUGUCGCACGUCGCCCAAGGUUGCAUAUCUUUGCCUGAUAUUUGUCUUGGGUAUUCUCUGCAUUGUGGUGGCCAUGUGGGAUAAGUUCAGUCAACCAGGCUAUCGGCCCGUCCGUGCAGGUGUGUUCGUGGCGCUGGGUCUGAGUGGUGUGAUCCCAGCAUUGCACUACGUGAUCACCGACGGGUUCUACCAUGCCAUCAACUACGCCGCGCUCGGAUGGCUCUCUCUCAUGGCCGUUCUCUAUAUUUUUGGUGCAUUCAUAUACGCCAUUCGGAUUCCAGAGCGAAUCUUCCCAGGAAAGUUUGAUAUAUGGUUUCAGAGUCACACGAUAUUUCACUGCUUCGUUGUGGCUGCUGCCUUUGUUCACUACCAUGGGAUUUCUGAGAUUGCCAACUAUCGACUCACAUUUGGUGACUGUUUGGAGCGUGUGAUACAGUAACAGCUGAUGUAACAGGAGUGAUAGUAGCACCUCUUGGUGUUAUAGUCCACCAUGUGGUCUCUUUUAAAUCAUCUCCGGUGUUCGUUCCAUUUGUCAAGGAGAAUUUGUAUUGUUGGCUUUUAGCAAUAAUUUAUUGAUUAUCUGUAAAUACACAGUAACAGGUUUGAGAUGUAUAUAUACUGUUGCAUUGUUAUGCUUGACGAUGAUGUACAGGUAUUGUGUGUGUGGAAGAAUUAACAUUACAUUUGUGCAUUUCACUAGGAUGUUGAUUGUGAUGUGUAUUCAGAUAUAUUAUUAUAUAACACUGCUACACUUUUUUGAUGUAAACUGUAUUUGAAGAUUAUUAUUAUAUUACAUUGCCACACUUCUCUAAUGUAAAAUAUUUUUCAAGUAUGUAAUUUUUAUCAUAUUGCUGAAUUUCUCUGAUGUUAAUUGUAUUUCAAGUAUAUUAUUUUAUUAUAUGCAUACUCAUGAAAUAUAUAGAUCUACAGAAACCAUAAAAAUUAUAUUUGGUGAAAAGUAAUUUUUUCAUUGUAAAAGUCAUAUUUAAACUAUUUUAGUUACAGUGAAAAUAUAGAAAUCAUAUUUAUAUUUUUGUGAACAUGUUCAUGCUUAGAUUUAUCCUUUUGUAUAUAUUUACGAUUCAGUUAUUGAGAUCAGUGUCGCUUCCCUGUCUUUUAAUUUGGUGAUUACCAAUGCAUCUGAUUUUAUUUGAUGUCAAAAAUAAAAAAGUAAUUUAAACAAUUAUACCUUUAAAAAAAUGGAUAUGAAGUGCAAUGGUGUUAAAAUAUCUCAAACUGAUUAUGUACAGAACCAAAUAAUAGUGACACAAUAUCCUGUUGUAGCCUUUAAGUUCAGCUUUAACUUGGAUUUGGGUUGUGUUUUUGUACGAUCACUUUGUCAGCUAGGUUUCACAGCAGUAUUUUAAAUAAAUAUUAAUUCAAUUAUCAUUAGAUAAAGGCUAAUUCAGUCUGAAAUUUCUUUUAAAAAGUCCAUAGUUCCAAAGGAAUAUUGCAUGAAUAUAUCAUGGCAUCACUGGUUUUCAGUCGGAUAAGUGAAAGAGCAUAAGAUAUUGUCAACAUUAGGAAAAAUGUAUGUAAUAAAUAGAUAAUUUCAUAGUGGGUUUUAAUAGCCUUUAUACAUGUAUAUAUUACAUUGCUACACCCACAUGUAAACUGUAUUUUAAUAUUAUUAUUAUGUUACAUUGCUACACUCACAUGUAAACUGUAUUUUAAGAUUAUUAUUAUGUUACAUUGCUACACUCACAUGUAAACUGUAUUUUAAGAUUAUUAUUAUGUUACAUUGCUACACUCACAUGUAAACUGUAUUUUAAAAUUAUAAUUAUAUUACAUUGCUACACUCACAUGUAAACUGUAUUUUAAGAUUAUAAUUAUAUUACAUUGCUACACUCACAUGUUAAUUGCUACACUCACAUUUAAACUGUAUUUUAAGAUUAUAAUUAUAUUACAUUGCUACACUCACAUGUAAACUGUAUUUUAAGAUUAUUAUUAUAUUACAUUGCUACACCUACAUGUAAACUGUAUUUUAAGAUUAUUAUUAUAUUACAUUGCUACACUCACAUGUAAAAUGUUUUUCAAGUAUAUUGUAUUACAAUUCUACACUUCUUUGAUGUAAAAUGUUUUUCAAGUAUAUUAUAAUUUAUAUUACAUUGCUACACUUUUGUAUGUAAAUUGUAUUUCAAGUGUAUUAUAUUACAUUGCUACACUUUUGUAUGUAAAUUGUAUUUCACGUGUAUUAUAUUACUUUGCUACAUUUCUUUCAUGUAGAUUACAUUUCAGGUAUAUAAAGGAUUUGUCACAAGGUUUUUUAAAUGUAUAUUUAUUUAACAAACACAAGUAUUAAGCAAAUUCUAUUUAUCCUAUCACAAUUCAAAAGUAACAUUUUAAUUUGAAACUUAGUAAGUUGCACGUGUAGGUCACCUUCAUAGGUAAUAUGUCAUCAUGAUUGGCACAGAUGUAGUUUGACAUGCUCUAACUAAAUCUUAUUGUAGGCUCAUGUGUACAGGUCUUGUUGGCUUGUAACUGGAUGACCCAUUGGCAGAAGGAAAAACAUUAAUUGGAUGAACUUAAUACACCAAAAUAUUAAAUGGGUUUAUGACAUUAUGGGUAAGAUAUAAGAUAAAUCAUUUUAUUACCAAUAUGGUUAAAAAUAUAUUCGUACAUAUCAAAGUGACGUGUCCCACUAAAAUGCCAAGUGGGAUGUAACACUUUUGAUGUCACACAAUGACAUCAAAAGGAACGCUUCACUGUCAUGCACCUGUACUUGCAGUUAUCACCUGUGUGAUGAGUGAAGUGUUAACAUUCAGCCAUCAGAUGGGCUCUUGAUUGCAGUCACCUCUAAGUGGAAAGAGGCUAGUGGUUUCAUGCUCAUGUUUCGUUGUUUUGCUUUUAAUUGGCAUGUAUUUUUCAGACUUGUGAAUCUGUUCUCUUUAGCUGAAAUUUCAUACCAGGAAGUAUUAUCCGGAGAGCAGCCAUGAAUUGUCAGUUUUUACAGUUUAUGAUGGAUUACUACUGAGUUGGUCAACUUAAUUCUGUUAUAAGACUUGCCUGUCACACAGCUGAACAAAUAACAGCAGGUCAUUGUCUUCUAUAAUGCUGUGCAGUUUCCAUGCCCCUAUUGCUCGAUUCACGAUUAUACUGUGCCAGAGCACUGAAUCAUUUUGCUGUUGUAUAAGGUGUAGCAUAUCAAUUUGUAAAGGAUUCUGUCAGUCGGUUCUAAAAUCAACAAGUUGCUUCAAACCAAUGGGUUAUUUAAAUACUACAGAGGUCAACCUACUUGUAAUCUUGCUUCAAACCAAUGGGUUAUUUAAAUACUACAGAGGUCAACCUACUUGUAAUCUUGCUUCAAACCAAUGGGUUAUUUAAAUACUACAGAGGUCAACCUACUUGUAAUCUUGCUUCAAACCAAUGGGUUAUUUAAAUACUACAGAGGUCAACCUACUUGUAAUCCUCAAAGAAAGUUUUGAAAAGGCAUUUCAGUGAUUGUUAUGUUAUUUUGUUUUAAUGAAGGCCAAUUUCUGCAAUGAUAUAUUCGUGAGCAAAUACAUGGCAGUCAUAUUAAAAUACUUGACCCACGAAAGGUAGGUUUAGCAUGAAUUAUAUAAUCGUUUCUCUUUAUUUGGAUGUUAAAAUAAGAGCAGAAAUUAAGUAUACAUGGUGGCCAUCUUGAAAUUCGAAAUGGCUACCCAAAACAUAAAUAUAAGAACUUGCAAGAUCCAUUUUCUUGGCAAGUAUUUCAAAAGGUUUUAAGCACUGUUUUCUUACAUUUGCUGCUUUACUGUUUUCAUAACAAAUUGAAUGUAGUUAUUUUGUAGUUAAUAUUUUGUUCCAUUUAGUAGGUAAGCUAUCCAUAUGUCUUAACAUUUCAACAAUCAAGGUAAUAGCUUUGUAAAUACUAACAUGAUUUUUGACUGAAUUUAUAUUAUAUACAUGUGUUAAGAUUUAAGGCUCUGACAUACAAUAAUAAAUAAACAUUUAAAAUAGACUGUCCAAUUGUUUCUAAAAAAAAUUUGGGGGGGGGGGGGGGCGGGGGGGUGGGGGCGUGUCAUGUAUUUUUCUUACCCUUUUAAGCAGUUCUCUGCUAUUAAAUAAAUGUGUUGAUUAAACAACAAAAACAAAAACACUUUCAUUGGCCAUUACGAUGCUUUCCGAAUGGUGCGCUUUUUAUUUGUUGGUUGGAACAGUGUAAUGAAACAUGAAAAUGUUUGUAUAUUGCCAGAAUUUUAUCACAGUAUUGCUAGACUUCCAUAUACAACAUCAUUCCCAAAACGUUUUGUGCGGGAGUUUUAUUCUAAGUUGUGAGGACAAAACUUUUAUGCAGUCGGAUAUUCAAUUUUUUUUUUUUUUAAUAUUUUCAUAUUUAAAUAUCAGUAUUUGUUGUCCUCAUUGUGUUUAUGUUCUUGAAAUGGUCUCUGUAACAUGACACUAAAUUUGUCAGAACCAUGAGCUGCCAGUUAAAUAUCAGACAUAAACCUACGAUUGUACCAAAGUGGUGGACAAAAUCCAUAUCAGCAACAAGGGUUUUUAUUAUUAUAUUUUGUUAUAUACAGUGUAAAAUAAACACUUGUGUUAGUUAACGAUGUACAGGACACCGAGGCAAGUUUGUAGCUGUUUGGAGAAGUUCAACAAUCUUUAAAUGAAAUUAUUGAAUAAAAUAUAUAAAUACUU